AUGCCCACUUGUUACGUCAACUCGGACGUCUUGGCCACAGGACGACAACAAUGGGUCAUUCUUCAGGGUGCGGCACUGGCGGAGGCUUUCGUCGUGGCCCUCCAGACCAGACGCACUGGAAGCGGACGCGACCGAGACCGGACCUAUAGGAGACUAACACAGUCUACGCACGAACGCGUUACUCCUUCCGGAGGAGGCUACGGUGGCGGUGACUAUGGCGGUGCCGCAACGGGUGGCGCGGCAGCCUACGGUGGAGCUCCUGCAGCCGGAGGAGCGUACGGCGCCGCCGCGAGUCCAUACAGCGGCUCCUUCGACUUCACCAACAACGUGAACCACGCCGGCUACGGCCCGGGCACUGGUGCUCAGGCAGCCGGCGGUUACGGAGGCGCCCAGGCGACCCAGGGCUACGCUUCCACUGGGGCCGCCCAGGGUGCGGGCUACGGGGGCGCGGCUGGUCUCGGAGCUGGCGGCUAUGGUGCCAGUGCUGCUGGAACUAGUGGGCUUGGAGCGGCCUACGGAGGUGCCGGUGGCUACGGAGGUGCCGGUGGCUACGGAGGUGCUGGUGGCUAUGGAGGUGCUGGUGGCUACGGAGGCAGCUCCGGAGGAGGUUACGGGGCAGCGUCCGGUCUGGCUGGAGCUGCCCAGGUGUAUGGCGGCGGAGCGUUCCAUCAGCAGCCACGUACCAGCGGAGGAUACUGA